GGGGACACGUGCGGAGCGAUGGCGCGGGAGGGCGCGGGGCUCUUCGCCGCGUUCCGGGUGCUCGGCCGCUUCAGCGGGCACGUCCCGCACGUCCUGCGCUACCACGGCCGCCACCGCGAGUUCUACGUGGCCGUGGCCGUCGGGCGCAGCGUGCACACCUACAAUGUGAAGAAGCUUGGUAUUGUUGCUGUGAGUAACACUUUGCCACAGGACAUCACAUGUUUGGCAGCAGAUCGCAUGCUGAUAUUUGCUUCAUAUGACAAUAUUCUCCAUGCUUUUGCCAGGAACAAAGAGGUGGUUCAUACCUAUGAAGGCCACAAGGCAAAGAUACACCUUCUACAACCUUUUGGUGAUCAUGUCAUCUCUGUGGAUGUUGAUAAUGUUCUUAUUGUUUGGAAUAUACAGUCAGAAGAAGAAUAUCUUCAGAUAGAUUUUGAUAAAGCCACUUUUGCAGUUUCUGCACUUCUGCACCCCAGCACCUAUCUGAAUAAAAUUCUCCUUGGGAGUGAACAAGGAACCUUGCAGCUAUGGAAUAUAAGAUCCAACAAACUCUUGUACUCGUUUCCAGGAUGGGGCUUAGCAGUCACAACUCUUGAACAAGCUCCAGCAGUGGAUGUUGUUGCUGUCGGCCUUGUAUCUGGUCAUAUAAUUGUACAUAAUAUUAAGUUUGAUGAAACUCUGAUGAAAUUUCAACAGGACUGGGGUCCCAUCACAGCAAUAUCUUUUCGUACAGAUGGACACCCUGUAAUGGCAGCUGGAAGCCCAGUUGGACACAUUGCUUUGUGGGAUCUAGAAGAGAAGAGGCUGAUGUGUCAGAUGCAAGAUGCCCAUCCCACAGCAAUAGCUGGCAUGACAUUUGUCCCUGGAGAGCCGCUUCUUAUUACUAAUGGUGCUGAUAAUGCUCUACGGGUUUGGAUUUUUGAUGGGCCUGGUGGUACAGGUCGUGUACUGAGAAGCCGAAUGGGACAUAGUGCACCACCAACAAAAAUCAGAUAUCACGGGCAAAACGGAGAGCAGAUUCUUAGUGCAGGUCAAGAUGGAACAUUGCAAUCUUUUUCAACUGUGCAUGAAAAGUUCAAUAAAAGUUUAGGACGUGGUUCAAUUAAUAAAAAGAAAUCAAAAAAGAAAGGCCUUAAGCUGGAUACGAUGGCACUUCCACCAAUUACAGCCUUUGCUUCAGAGGUGGCACAUCAGAGUGACUGGGAUGGUAUUGUUGCCUGCCAUCAGGGGUAUAUAACCUGUACAACCUGGAACUAUCAGAAAACCUCCAUGGGAGCUCACAAACUGAGGCCAGAAGAAUUUAGCAAACACAAACCUAUUGACAUAUAUGCAACAGCAGUUGACAUUACAUCGUGUGGUAAUUUUGCUGUAAUUGGGAUGUCAACUGGACAGGUAGAUGUGUAUAACAUGCAGUCUGGCAUUCACAGAGGGCAUUAUGGCAAAGAAACAGCACAUGAAGGGGCCAUUAGAGGGGUAGCUGUGGAUGGAUUGAACCAGCUGGUAAUCACAGCUGGUAGUGAAGGAUUAAUUAAAUUUUGGAAAUUCAAAAUGAAAGAUCUGGUUUAUUCCACUGAACUUUCUUCUUCUCCAAGUGGAAUUCUGCUGCACAGAGACAGUGGUAUUCUGGGAAUUGCCUUUGAUGACUUCACUAUUAGUGUUUUGGAUAUAGAAACCAGGAAGAUUGUCAGGACAUUCUCAGGACACCAUGGACGGAUUAAUGACAUGACUUUCAGUCCUGAUGGUCGUUGGCUGAUAACUUCAUCAAUGGACUGUUCCAUUAAGACUUGGGACCUUCCCUCUGGAUGUCUCAUAGAUUGUUUUUUGGUAGACUCUGCAGCUGUGAGCCUUACUAUGUCCCCUACAGGAGAUUUUCUGGCUUCAGCACAUGUGGAUGAUCUUGGAAUUUAUUUGUGGUCAAACCGUUCUCUGUAUUCACUUGUGUCAUUACGGCCCCUUCCUGCAGAUUAUGAACCAUCUUUGGUGACACUCCCCAGCACCUGCCCCAUGCAAGAUGUGGAUGUGUCAGGAGAUGAAGAGCCAUGUGAUGAAAUGAUAGAAUAUGUCUCGCCUGAGCAACUGGGAGAGCAGCUGGUGACCCUUUCCUUGUUACCAGAAUCAAGGUGGAAAAAUCUCCUCAGCCUUGAUAUUAUCAAGAAAAAAAAUAAACCGAGAGAGCCACCAAAAGUUCCAAAAUCAGCACCUUUCUUCAUCCCAACACUUCCUGGUCUUAUACCCCGAUACAUUCCACCAGAGGAGGAAAAUGAUACACAGUCAAAGGUGGUAAACCUUGGGAUGCUGGCGCAGAAAUCUGAUUUCUGCAUUCAUCUUGAAGAAGCCCUGAGCACCAAUGAAUAUAAAGCUCCCCUUGACUUACUGAAAAGCUUGGGACCAUCUAACAUUGAGGUGGAGCUGCGGGGUUUGGCCCCUGAAGGUGGGGGCUCUAUGGAGGUGAUGCUGAGCUUUCUGAGAAUGAUUGGGGUGAUGCUGAACAAGAAGCACAACUUCGAACUCGCUCAGGCGUACCUGGCACUAUUUUUAAAGUUACAUCUUAAGAUUCUCUCAUCGGAGCCAAAACUCUUGGAAGAAAUAUCCAAAUUGUCAAUGCAACUUGAGGAAACUUGGGUUCACUUACAGGGUCUCUUCAAUCAGAGUCUGUGUGUUUUAACAUACAUGAAAAGUGCUUUGCUGUAAAAUACUUCAGGGUUUUGUCUGCAUAAGAUUUCCCUCAGAGGAAUAGUACAAUUUAUACUGAAAAAUACUGGAUUCCAAAAAUCAUGCUGGGUCUUGGAAUUGUAGAAUCAUUAAGGCUGGAAAAGACCUCCAAGACCAUCAGAUCCAUCGUUCUGCUGGAUACCACCCUGUUCACUAAGCCAUAUCACUAAGUGCCAGACUGCUCAUUUUUUGAACACUUCCAGGAUGGUGAUCCCACCAUCCUGUUCCAGUGCUUCUUCUGGUGCUGUAUUUUAUACACCUACAUAUGGCAGAGUAUUUUAGAACGUGCACAACUGCCUAUUUUUGUUCACUUCAGUUGGAGAAAAAAUUGCUAUGUGCAGCUAAAAUGUUUGUUGUGUUGGUCUGUGCUGAGAGACAUUUGGAUUCAAGGCCCUGAGCAGCCUGGCCUUGUGGAAGGUGCCCCUGCUCAUGGCAGGGGGUUGAAAGUAGUUAAUCUUUAAAGUUUCUUCCAACCCAAGCCAUUCAAUGAUUCUCUGAUUCUAUGGCUACAUAAAACGUAGUUUACCAUGAAGAAAUGAUUUGCGGGAAAAAAAAGAAAUGGGAAUGUAACUUCUGUGCAAGAGACCAAAAACUAUAUUUUUCUUAAUAAAGUCACUGUUGAUGCAAAAAUAAAACAAAAAGUCUGAAUUGUUAACACUUUAUAAACAAUAAUUUAAAGCAAAUUAAUCUAAAAAUUGUGUUUCUCUGCAAUUAGAGCACUUUUGUUAGAGUGGUUGUAAAAAUAAGUUGCCUUCUCACUUUUGCAGACAUUUAUUUCUGAAGGCAAAGAUUUCCAGCUAUACUAGCAAUAAUAGAACUUAAAAAAAACCCUAAAAACCCAAGCACCUAACUAAACAAACAAAACCAGAUUUUUGGGAGGUCCAGUUUCAUAUGAAAAUAAUUUCUUAAGGAAAAGGAGAAAAGGUUACUAGAAAAAAAAUUGUUUUGAGAUAUUUUUAAUUAAAUCAGAUGGGUUUUUUUACAAAUUGAUAUUUAGGUUUCAAACCAUAAUGUUUGGGCAUUGUUUGGGACCUCAUGAGUGAAACUAUCUUGAACUUGGCUGCUUGAGAGUACUUCCUCCCAGCAGAAGAAUCUCCUGAGCAAGGCCUUUGCUGUAUUUCACAUGCUCAAUCUAUGUACACAGACCAACAGAGUAACUAAUACACAUAUAUGCAAUUUCAAUGAGUAAACUUGAAAGGUGGUUCGUUGCAUUUGAUAAAAGACUGAAGCAAUAGUGUGGGCCAGUUGUAGUGUAUAGCUGUUUGGUUUUUUUUAAUGCCAUCACGUUAAACCCCUUUUAGUCAUGUGUACUGGAACAAAUUAUCUGCAGACAUAAAAUCAUACAACAAUAGAAGGGCUUGGCUUGAAAGGGACCUUAAAGGUCAUCCGCUUGCAGCCCCCUGCCAUGGGCAGGAACACCUUUCACUAGACCAGGUUGCUCAGGGCCCCUUCCAGCCUGACUGGACACUUUUA